UUACCGAACAAAAUAAUACCAAGACAAUUCAAUCAUUCAGUAGAUAAGAUAUCAAUCAUAUUUUCGGUACCUAACAAAUAGUUCGUCAAUUUAUUAUUCAAAAUGUGCAUCCUAAGUGCUCUCGUGCUCCUAAUUACGAGUGUGUUUUUGUACAUUUAUUGGUUUUUUAAAAAAUCGCACCAAUUUUUCGAUCAAUACGGAAUUCCAUACUCAAAACCACAUUGGUUUUUCGGUAACAUGAAAGAUGUAAUAUUGAUGAAAAAAGCACUAUGGGUUGGAUUCAAAGAAGCGUAUGAAGAAUUUCCAUCGGAAAGAUUCGCCGGGGUGUACAAUUUACACAGACCUACAGUCUUAAUUCGCGAUCCUGAUCUCAUCAAAACAAUGCUUGUGAAAGAUUUUUCUCAUUUUCAAGAUCGCGGAUUCACCAUUUGCAGAGAUAUCGAACCGGUUGCUUAUAAUUUGAUCACGAUGUCAGGAGACGACUGGAAAAACCUACGAAUAAAACUGACUUGCACAUUCAGCAGUGGAAAAAUGAAAUCGAUGUUUUCCUUGAUGAAAACAUGUGGUAAUGAUAUCGAACCAGUCCUGACCAAAUAUUUCAAAGACGACAUCGCAUUCGAAGCGAAAGAUAUCUGCGCCAGAUUCGCAACAGACGUCAUCGGAAACUGUGCUUUUGGAAUUGACACACAUUCUCUCCUAGAUCCUGAGUCGGAUUUCAGGAACAUUGGCAAGAGUAUUUUUCAAUACAGAUGGCAAGCCAUAAUCCGAACAAUCAUCCCAAGUAUGCCUAUUUGGCUGAUAAAAAUACUCAAAAUGGAGUUCUUCCCUAGAAAAGUCAACGAAUACUUCAUGAAGUUGGCCAAAGAUAUGAUCGAAUACAGAGAAAAACACAAUAUCAGCCGAGGCGAUUUUCUCGAUUUGCUAAUAGCGAUGAAAAAUCACAAAGAAUUGGAAAAACUCAAAGACGAGCAAGAUGACGACGAUUUGGCCAAAUUUCUAGCUCAAAUAGGAGAUAAAUUCGUCAAAAACGAUGUUGAAAUGAAUAUCGAAACAAUAGCUGCCCAAUGUUUCCUAUUCUUUGUCGGUGGAUUUGAUAAUGGUUCGAGUGCUCUGGCCUUCAUGCUGUUUGAACUAGCUCAACAUCCAGAAAUGCAAGAUAAAGUUCGAGAUGAGAUAUGGUCAAUAUUGGACACCAACGAUGGUGAAUUCACUUACGAUAUGAUGAAAAAAAUGCCUUAUUUAGAAAUGAUUAUAGCAGAAACUUUCAGAAAAUAUCCAUUAGGAGCGAUUCUAUUUCGCAAAUGUACCGAAACUUAUAAAAUUCCGCAAUCCGAAGCCAUAAUUAAACAAGGAACAACUGUCGUGAUUCCUGUACUAGGAUUACAUCAUGACCGAAAAUAUUUCAAAACUCCUGAUAACUUUCAUCCUGAACACUUCUCUGCUGAAGCGAAACAGGAACGGCCUCAGUUCACUUAUCUGCCAUUUGGAGAAGGCCCUCGAAUGUGUAUUGCUGAACGAUUCGCAAGGAUGCAAAUUAUCGUCGGGGCGGUUCACUUAUUGAAAGAUUUCGUCUUCGAAGUAUCGCCACAGACAAAAUUACCAUUAGAAAUUUUACCAAAUGGAGGCGGUUUGAUGGUGAAACAUGGAAUAUGGUUAAAAUGUCGACCGAGACUUUGCCAAUCUCCGCAUGAAGCUAAUAAAACAAACAAUCUACACGUGCAGCUUGAUACAAGGUACCUACUUAUACGUAUUGAUAUUUAUUUCGAGUCAAGUAUGAAGAUUAGAUAUACCCACAUUUUUGAAAAUAUUUUCGUUACUUCGAACUUGAAUUCGUUACUAAAAAUGUACAUCCCGAGUGCUCUAGUUCUGCUGCUUACCAGCGCAUUUUUGUAUAUUUAUUGGUUUUUUAAAAAAUCUCACAAAUUUUUCGAUCAUCAUGGGAUUCCAUACAAAAAACCACAUUGGUUUUUUGGUAACAUGAAAGAUGUUGUAUUGAUGAAAAAAUCACUAUGGAUUGGGUAUAAAGAAGCGUACGAGAAUUUUCCGACCGAAAGAUUCGCCGGAGUGUAUAAUUUACACAAACCUAAAAUCAUAAUUCGCGAUCCUGAGCUGAUCAGGAUGAUGCUCGUUAAAGAUUUUUUUUAUUUUCAAGAUCGUGGUGUAACUGUUUCUAAAGAAAUUGAACCGGUUGCUUAUAAUUUGAUUACGAUGUCAGGAGACGAAUGGAGAAACCUGCGAGUAAAACUGACUUGCACAUUCAGCAGCGGAAAAAUGAAAACGAUGUUUUGCUUGAUGAACGCAUGCGCUAAUGAUAUCAAACCAGCUCUCACAAAAUACUACAAAGACAACGUAGCUUUCGAGGCAAAAGACAUUUGUGCGAGAUUCACAACAGACGUAAUCGGUAGCUGUACAUUUGGAAUAGAUACACACUCGUUGCUAGAUCCAGAAUCCGAUUUCAGAAACAUGGGCAAGAGCAUUUUCCAAUACAGAUGGCAAGCCAUAAUUCGUACAAUCAUCCCGAGCAUGCCUGUUUGGCUGAUUAAAGCCCUCAAAAUGGAGUUCUUCCCUAGAAAAGUCAACGAUUACUUCAUGAAGUUGGCCAAAGAUAUGAUCGAAUACAGAGAAAAAAACAAUAUCAGCCGAGGCGAUUUUCUCGAUUUGCUAAUAGCGAUGAAAAAUCACAAAGAAUUGGAAAAACUCAAAGACGAACAGGAUGACGUCGAUUUGGCCAAAUUUCUAGCUCAAAUAGGAGAUAAAUUCGUCAAAAACGAUGUUGAAAUGAAUAUCGAAACAAUAGCUGCGCAAUGUUUCCUGUUUUUUAUCGCAGGAUUUGAUAAUAGUUCCAGCGCUCUGGCCUUCAUGUUGUUUGGACUAGCCCUACAUCCCCAAAUGCAGGAAAAAGUCCGAAAUGAGAUAUGGUCAAUAUUGGACACCAAUGAUGGUGAAUUCACUUACGAUAUGAUGAAAAAGAUGCCUUAUUUGGAAAUGAUCAUCGCAGAAACCUUCAGAAAAUAUCCACUAAGGGCGAUUUUAUUUCGCAAAUGUACCCAAAAUUAUAAGAUUCCUGAAUCUGAAGCCGUCAUCAGGGAAGGUACAAAUAUCGUAAUUCCAUUACUAGGAUUACAUCAUGAUCCAAAAUAUUACAAAAAUCCUGACAAAUUUGAUCCCGAACACUUCUCUGCAGAAGCGAAACUGAUACGACCUCAUUUUACGUAUUUGCCCUUCGGAGAUGGUCCCCGAAUGUGCAUUGCUGAACGAUUCGCAAGGAUGCAGGUUUUCGUAGGGGCAGUUUAUUUAUUGAAAGAUUUCAUCUUCGAGAUAUCUUCAGAAACAAAAACACCAUUGGAGAUCUUACCGACAGGCGGUGGAUUGAUGGUGAAAGGAGGAAUUUGGAUGAAAUGUCGACCGAGAUAAUAAUUUCAGAUUUACAUAAAUAAUAUAGCCAUAAUGUCCACGUUUUCACCCAUUUUCGAGAUACAUUUAUACAAAUAAUAUUUCACCACCCAUUUAUAACGAACCAAAUAAAAAUUGUUAACUUUCAA